GUACGAAGCGGACCGCAGAGGAAAGGAAAACAACAGAGACGGACGAUGUUGCGUUACUUCUUCCCUCCUGAUUUCCGGAUCCCUAAGGACGAUGUGAACGGUAUGACGGCGGAGGAACUGGUGGCGUUCCCUCUGAAGGAGUAUUUCCAGCAGUACGAGCUGGGCCUGCAGUCGCUGUGUAACUCGUACCAGAGCCGGGCGGACGCCAAAGCCAAGGCUGUGGAGGAGAAGAGCAGCAACGCCGAGACCAAACUCAAGGAGGCGGACGAGAAGCUGCAGAAGCUGAGGGCCAACAUCGUCUCUCUGCUGCAGAAAGUGCAAGAGGACAUCGACAUCAACACAGACGAUGAGCUGGACGCCUACAUAGAGGACCUGCUCAACAGGGGGGACUGAGGCCGCCGCCCCCUGAAGACUCUAGCUUUGGUUCUCCUGAGGGCCCUCAGCCCACCAGAGAGGGGCCCCCAGCCCCCCAGAGAGGGGCCCUCAUCAGAGAGGGGCCCUCAUCAGAGAGGGGCCCUCAGCCCAUCAGAGAGGGGCCCUCACCAGAGAGGGGCCCUUGGGACCGUAUAAACGUCUGCAUCGGCGCUCCUUUCAUUUCGCUCUCCGCUCUCCGCCGGUUCUUGAUGGUUUCAGCCUCCAUGGUUCUUUUUAUUUGACUUUCCGUUGUGGGCGGGGUCUGUGCGGUCCUGUGGGGACGUCUCCACGGUAACAGGGGUUUGUGUUCUCCUACUUUUAUAUCCACAUAUGUUUGUUAACGUUUGAAUCGUUGGCUCCUGCUCGUUGGUUCUGAGAGUUGUCUUGUGUUCAGAGGCUUGGGUUUCAACAUUAAUCACAAUAUCUGUUUGAUCUUCAACCAAUUAAGGAUCAUCUGACUUGCCAAUAUAUAUAUAUCUCUAAAUAUAUAAAGAGGAUCCAGUCUGUAAUGAAACACUAAGUUUCUUUCCUUUAAAGUCGUGGUCCUGUGGCCACCUGGAGCACCAGACCUGUACUGGGUUUUAUCAGUGUGUCUCUGUCUCCAGGUUGCUCUCUGGGGAACUCUUCUGUUUGCUCACCCUUUCAGUGCCCAAGUUCUUCUCUCAGUCUGAUUUUUAAAGUCAUGAAAAAUGUUUUAUUAGGCGCUGCAUGUGUUUUCAGUCUUUUUGAAAACUCUUUACAUGAAAUAAUAAACCUGGUUCAUUGCC